AUGCAGGAAUCAUCUCAGCCUCGUGCAAUUCCAGAACGAAGCAUACUCCAAAUACCUCCCACCUCCUCGAUCACUCUACCUCCUCCGCCUUCAUCAGCUGGCCGGAUACGCAGCUCACAUCUCAACCUUGAUACCUUUUCUCCUGUCAAUCAAAAUGGCAGCUUCGAGUUCGACCGUGUAUUGAAGAGUGGAUACGUGCAGAAGCGGACAAGGAAGACGAAGGCUUGGAAACCCGUAUUUUUAGUUCUGCGACCCAAUUCCCUCUCGAUUUACAAAGACCAGAAUGAAGAUAAACUAAGACACAAGAUCCACCUUUCUGACCUCACCGCUGUAGCUUUUCUGAAAGACCCCAAGCAGAAACGCCAAAAUGUCUUCGGUCUAUUCUCUCCCUCACGGAAUUAUCAUCUCGAAGCACGAUCGCGGAAAGAUGCUGAAGAAUGGGUUGGACUCAUCAGACAAGAGGCGCGAAUUGAAGAAGAGGAGGAGGAGAUGCUCCUUGCCAGCCCCUCCGGAAAUUUGACGAAUCCAUACAACGGCUUCGAUCGUGCAAUGCAAAAGCAUCACGAGCAGAAACUCCUUCACGACGAGCGCCUGGGAUCAAGUUCUCCCGAACCCACAGAUCCCAUACCCCGCACUCAACGAACAGAAGCACUGGGGCUCCAUGCGCCUAGACGGCCCUCACAUACAAUUGAAUACUCAGGAAACGAAGUCUCAGACAUGUCAGACGCUGAUUUAACGCGUGCUCGAAACCACUCGUCCGUGUCCAUGCCCGAAGAGCCGCUCGCUGUCCAAGCGCCAGGAUCUCGCCCAAUAUUAGACGCUCGAAACACCAGUCAGGUCAGCGUCACAUCACCGGCCACAGAGCAAGACCCCAAUUCGUCCGAGCGCGUAGUCUGGCAAGGCUACCUCUUAUACUUGAAGACCAUUCGUGGUGUUCGCCAAUGGAAGGAUCUUUGGGUUGUCGUCCGUCCAAAAAGUAUUCAUAUGUAUAAGAAUGAUUCGGAAUACUCACCUAUCUUGAUCAUUCCGCUGAGUUCGGUCAUUAAUGCGGUUGAGAUUGACCCGUUGAGCAGGAGCAAAACACAUUGCUUGCAAGUAAUCACAGAAGAGAAAAGCUACAAGUUCUGCGCUCAUAAUGAAGACACGUUGGAUACCAGUCUUGGAGCAUUGAAGAGCUUAUUAGCGAAACGAAAAGAGCAUGAGGGCAAGAUUGUCAGGCGAUGA